AUGGAAGUAGAAAAUAUAAUUUCUAUUGAAAUGGAAGAUAAGACUUCGUUAAAAGAACUGGAUCAGUGGAUAGAACAGCUGAAUGAAUGCAAACAACUUACCGAAAGCCAAGUCAAAACUCUUUGCGAUAAGGCAAAAGAAAUAUUAGCUAAGGAGUCAAAUGUGCAAGAAGUCAAAUGCCCUGUCACAGUUUGUGGAGAUGUACAUGGACAGUUCCAUGACUUAAUGGAACUGUUUAGAAUAGGAGGAAGGUCUCCAGACACUAAUUAUUUGUUCAUGGGUGACUAUGUUGAUAGAGGGUAUUAUUCUGUGGAGACAGUGACAUUACUAGUAGCUCUAAAGGUAAGAUAUCGAGAAAGAAUCACUAUCUUAAGAGGUAAUCACGAAUCACGCCAAAUCACACAAGUAUAUGGUUUCUAUGAUGAAUGUUUACGUAAAUAUGGAAACGCAAAUGUUUGGAAAUAUUUCACAGAUUUAUUUGACUAUUUGCCAUUGACGGCUCUUGUUAAUGGUCAAAUAUUUUGUCUUCAUGGUGGUCUUUCACCGUCUAUAGACACUCUUGAUCAUAUCCGUGCUUUAGAUCGUCUUCAAGAAGUUCCACAUGAGGGUCCUAUGUGCGACUUGCUUUGGUCAGAUCCUGAUGACAGGGGUGGUUGGGGCAUAUCUCCAAGAGGUGCUGGUUACACCUUCGGUCAAGAUAUUUCAGAAACAUUUAACCACUCUAAUGGUCUCACUCUUGUGUCCAGAGCUCAUCAACUUGUAAUGGAAGGCUAUAACUGGUGUCAUGAUCGUAAUGUUGUAACAAUAUUUUCUGCACCUAAUUACUGUUAUCGUUGUGGUAAUCAAGCAGCUAUAAUGGAGUUGGAUGAUGCGCAGAAAUAUUCAUUCCUGCAGUUUGACCCAGCGCCGAGGAGAGGAGAACCACACGUUACUAGGAGAACUCCUGAUUACUUCCUAUAA